AUGAAUCGAAGCUUGACUCCUCCAGUUAUAGUGAUUCAUCCUGACCCAAGAGAGCCGGUAACCUUUAGAUUACCAUCUAUACAAAUUUCUGCAAAACACAAUAUUAAUUCAUUGUUCGAUCAAACAAUUAUCACAGAAAAAGACAGCACUUUGGAUACAGAUGAAAAACCCAAAGAUUCCCAACAAAAAGUAAAAAGUCGAUCAUUUGCAAUUUUUGCGAGUGGCCUUUGCCGCUGUUUUCGGAAUAAAAAGACUAAAAAAGUGAUUGCUACAGAAACUGGGCCAGAAACAAAAUAAUUCAUUUUUAAAAAAAAUGGAACUAUAAAAAUCCUGAGUCAUUGAUAAUUAAUUCAUAGUGAAAGAGAAUAUAGGUCUCAAUUUUAGCAUUUUAGUCGCUUAAAAGAGUAUACGAAUGCUAA